GAUAUAAACGAUUGGGAAGAGCUGAUGAGGGAGUUGGUAAGAGCGUUAAAAGAUUUUAACAAUGAAGAAGUAUGUAAUACUGUUUAUCCAUUUUCUAAUUUGUGCUUUCACUUGUCAUUAGAAGAAACAAAAAAAAAGCUAGAGGAAAAAGAGAAGAUAUUAAAUGAGCUGGAGGGGAAGUUAGUUGAGUUUAGUGAAAUGAAAGGUUGUAAAUGUUCUAAUUCAUCAACAUCAAGUUGGAGCAUUGAAGAGCAAGAUGCAGAAAUUGUUUUUGCUAAAGUAGAUGAUAUUCUUGAUAAAUUUAAAGAUUUAUUUGAGGCAUGUAAAUCACAAUUAAGUCUUCCCAUUUUCAAACCAGAUGAAAACCAUCAUUAUAUAAAUGAAAUCAAGAAUCUCAGAUUACCCUCAAAUAUUUUUCAUAAAAAUGGUGAUCGGCCUUUCCUUCUUAUACAUGAUCUUCCCACCAAUGGUCAAGGAGGUAUGACUAAUACUUCGAAAUUAGAAAAUUUGUUAGAGCCACCAUAUAAACAACUUGUUGUGAUGUUGGGGACUUCAGGAUCAGGAAAAACUAGAACAUUGAUAGAAUUACUUUGCAAGAAGUUUGGAUUUUACUUUUCUGGAACUGUUGCAAGAGCAUAUCAUAACCCAGGCUCAAAGGAUCUUACAAAUUUUAUUAGUUACCUGAUACCAAGACUGAAGGAUGGCCCAUCAACUGAUAAUGAUAAUUAUGCAGAAAGGUACUGUAAAUGCCUAUUGCUUGCUCGUGUAUAUACUCUUAACUAUAUACUAGAGCACCAUUGUUCUAUAAGUGCACACAAUUGGGCCUUUCUACAACUUUUCCCAGAAUAUUUUUUUAAAAAUGUAAAUGGUAUAGAUGAUGCUUUUAUGGAAUUGACAUGCCAAUUUAGAGCUUUACCUGUAAAUUUUUUGGAAAAGAGGUUGCACCAGUUAAUUAAUCAAAUAAGCAAAAAGACAAAACAGAAUGCAUUUCCAACUAUUCUGGAUGAAGCCACAGCACUUAUUGACUCAUCUUACAAUCAAUUUACUUCUUUCUACAAGGAUGAUAAAACUGGUCACCCAUUGUAUACUUUAAUUGUUAGAACCUUUUCACUUCUACCACAUAUUUGUGUUAUUCCUUCUGGGACUGGUUUAAGCAUGAAAUCAAUUCAACAAUAUACUGGUUCACACAUUGUAAAAGGUGGAAUCAAAGAUGAUAAUAUCAUUAUUGUAGAUUGUGCAUUCAAUUCAACUGAGGAAUUAAGAAAAUACUUAUCAAUAUUCAGAUUCCCAUGUGAAUCUUAUCAGAAUAUGAUGCGAUGGUUUUUGGGAAGGGUAAGGUUUGCAGCAACCUUCGUGGAAGAAUGGUUAAUUAGUAGAAAUGAUAUAGAGAAACUGUUUGAGAAUUUUUUAGAAAGUUAUAUUGAUCCAUCAAGUGAAAAAAGUAUCAUGGCUGAUAUUGUCAGGAGAGUAGACAGUGUGUGGUUAAAAGAGAUGCUACAAAAAAAAAAUUGUUUAGAUAUAAUUGCAUUGUUAGAACGUGCAGUAUUGAAGUACUGGUAUACUGGUUCUCAUACAAUUUUUACAAGGAAAGAUGCUUUAGAGUUAUUUGAAUUUGGGAUUGUACGGUUACAACAAGUUGAACCAUAUGGUAAAUUGCAAGUUCUUAUGAGUGAACCUUUUGUGGUAGCAUCAGCAUUGUCAUAUUUUAAAACACAUAAAGAUAUUUCAUUGUACAUUUUAGACCAUAUGACAGAUGUACAUUACAGCCCAAGCAGUAUGGAAUUAUUGUGGGAAUUGCUCAUUCCAGAUGCCAUUAAAAAGCUUUUUCAAUGCCAGGAAGCACACAGUUGUUUCCAGAAAAAACUUUUAUCAAAUAGUUGGAAGAUUCUUGAACCAUCAAAAGAAAGCUGUGAAUGUAAUGUUCAAUUAAUAUAUAAUACUUCUAACUACCAUCUUCCAGAUUUUCUUGAAUCUCCUCAUGCCUCUUUCUUCAUCCCUGAAGAUCAAGCUGGACCAGACAUAGUAACCAUAGUUUAUCCAACAGAUACACCAGAACAAAGGUAUGUUGUUUUUGCUCAAGCAAAACUUCGUUAUAGACUUAGUGGAGACAAAUUAGAACAUGCAUUAAGAACUACAAAUACAUCAAAGUUUUAUCAUGAUAGUAAGGGACAGUUACUUAAAGGCUGGAAUAAGCAUUUUGAUAAAAUGCAAAAAGUUCUCCAAAAAUAUCAAGGUGUAUUUAGAAUUCUUAUCACUUAUCCUGCAAUAGUGAAAUUGACUGAAGAAGAUAAUAGCAGUGCUGAGGCAGAUGAAGGUUUAGGAGAUUUGGAUAUUGGUGGUGAUCAAUUUUUAGCUAUCAUUGAUAAGAAUAAUUGUCAUUUGGUUUUUGAACAAAAUCACCUGGAAGUACUCAAAGAGCUAAAGAACCCUAAAAAGAGAAAAUCAUUGUGA